GUGAGGUUUCGCCAGUCCGUCCCGUGUAUGAGUGAUUGAUGCUGUGGUGAUCGUGCUUUAAGCCGCCGUUAAACACUACUAGUAGUAUUACCCCGAACACACUGUAGUUUGCAGUUUUCUAUUUACAUGCCGACAGUUCAGUGAAACGACACAACGUGUUUUUUCUCUCUCUAUUUCUUGUCAAUGGCAACACAAAGUAUUGGACUAUUUUAUAACAGUAACUGUGCCGUGAUUGUGUUGUGAGGUAUAUAACUAGCGUGGAUUAUUUUAGCUUCGAAAUUGUACAAGCACUUGUUUGUGGCUCCUCCCAUUUCGGAUUCUAUACCGUGCUACUGUUUAAGAUAUUGCUACUAUCGUCCAGUUGAGCGGACUAGGGUAGCAAGAAUAACUAGAGUAUAAAUGGACUCUCUACACGAUCCUCUGUGCUUGGAUGAACUUGUUUCUGGUUGUGAAUCGUCUUCGCAGUCUAACAUGACCAUGCACCACCUUUCAGAAACUGGGUCCGCCUCGACCACAAGUGACAUUCAGUUAGGAAACCCUCACAACCCUAGUCACACAACGUUACAUGGUAUUAGUUCGGUGGACGGGUCUUCAGAAAAAUCAGAUUCAAAUGAUGGCACAAAAUCCAAAGAUGACUCUAUAUCAGAAGAUGAUAAAAAGAAAAAAAGACAACGUAGACAAAGAACACAUUUUACUAGUCAACAAUUACAAGAAUUAGAAGCAACAUUUGCUAGAAACCGCUACCCAGAUAUGGCGACACGGGAAGAAAUAUCCGCAUGGACAAAUCUCACUGAGGCGAGAGUACGGGUAUGGUUCAAAAAUCGACGAGCCAAGUGGAGGAAGCGAGAAAGAAAUAUUGAACCGUUUAAGAAUGGCUUUGGAUCACAGUUUACAGGCUUCAUGCAACCACCAUUUGAUGAUGGUCUUUACACGGGUUACUCCUACAAUAACUGGGCAGCCAAGGUUCCCAGUCCUUUGGGCACGAAAUCCUUUCCUUGGGGACUCAACAUGAACUCUCAAAUGAACCCUCAUCUAUCAUCAGUUGUAUCCACACAGCCGCUGGGCUUUUCGUCUUCCCCGAGUAAUAUUUCCAGUAUAAACUCCAUGGUUGGUAGUGUUCCCAAUAUAUCUUCAAAUAUGAACUCACCUACACCUCCAUGUCCUUACGCUCCUCCAGCACCUCCAUAUAUUUACAACCGUGAUCAGUGUUCCAACAGUAUCGCCGCCUUACGGCUCAAGGCUAAACAGUACGCCCAUUAUCCAUCAGUUAGUCCCCGACAACCAACUCUAUCAGCUUGUCAGUAUGCUACAGUCAACGGUGGUCCAGUUUGAUCAAAUACACCAGCAUUAAAUCAGGUCUUUAAGUAUUGGAAUGGCAAGAUGGAAGGACAGAAAGAGUACAUGAUAGACGGAUGAAUAGAUAGAGUGUUGGAACAUCAUAGACAACUGAAUCAAACAUUACGGACUUAUAAUUAACUCUUCCAUUCGGUGUGGAAUUCUAGAGAACGUAUUUCAUUGAUAACUGCCAAAAAUAUUCUUCAUGGUAUGUGCUAAAAUCAACGAACUGCGAUCAAAACUACGCAAAACGGGAAUUGUACAUAAAUUAUGAUGUACAUGUUUUCAUUGUGAAUUUGAUUAAAUACCAUUGAUGUCCGUUCUUGCCCAGGUUAUUUGAGCAAAUCUGUUGUGGUGUUUUUUAUUAUAUAUUAUCAUUAUUAUUAUUUUAUUGUAAGAAAAGACAGCUUUUGAUCUAAGAUGGUGAGUGUUCACUGUUUAAGUUGAUAUCAGUAUCAGGUAUGCGAACUUAUCGUAGAGUAUAAGAGAUAUGAUGACAUCUCAAGCCAAUGUCCAUUGAUUGGUCCAUGCUGGACAUUAUCUGGCCAACGGUAGAUAGGAAAGUGACCUUUCGGGAAGAGAUGAGUUCUCUCGAUAUGGAGGCCAAUAGUAAAUAUCAUCGGGGUCUUAUCGAAAUAAUACUGGAAACCCAUCCGCCGGAGGGAUGUGGCGAAAACGAUUGGGUAGCGCAGCUGUCGGCUUAAACACUCAUUAUAAACUAUAGUGAAACCUUCCUUAUCAGAUGAGCACCUUUUGUUUUAGUAUCAAUUCGUACUGUGUACUUUAAAUUGAUAUAUUAAUUGUCAACUGUGUAUACUGUACCUGUACAUCGAUUUGCAUGAAGUGUUCAAAAGUUUUACCAACAAAAAAAAUUAAUGUGAUUUCUCAAUAAUUUUCCAUAUAUAUUUUUCUGUUUACUAAUAUGCUUUAUUUCUUUGUUUUAAUUUCUUGUUUGAACAGACUUUAAAUGUUACAUAACCAAAGCCAAAAUUUAAAACCAAUUUCUCUUUAAAAUGUGAACAUUUGGUUAUGUGGAUAAUUUGUACUCAUUUUUUAUUGAAUAUGAAAUUUAUGUAUAAUAAUAAAUUAUUUAAAUUUUCUUCUAUCAAAGAAACAGUGGUUUAUGUUAGUGUACCAAAGUUUAGAUAGAUGUGAUUAUGAUAAUUAAAGUGUUAAAAUCAUAAAAGUUUUAAACAUAUCAAGAAAUAAAAAUGAUUUUAUUAUAUGAUAUUAUGAGGUUUCUUAAAAUUAAGAAAACACAGUGCUAUUGAGUCAUAUUUAUAUAAUCUCAAUAUAGAAGAAGUGCGAGAAUAUAUUGUGUUAAUUGACGUUUUUGAGAUGGCUAAAUUGUACAGUAAAAAAUAUAGAGUAUAAAAGAUAAUAAUAUUAAUGGUAAUGA